AUGAUGAAUCAUACGGCUAUGGUGCCAACAACACCUGUUAGUAGUUCUGAAGAUUUAUUGUUUGCACGGUGGCUUCCUUCAAGACUGGAUGAUGUGUCUUUGUUUGAGUCAAUUCGACUUAUUAUGAAUUCAGAGUUACAAAAUAAAGAUUAUCGUAACCUGUGUUCCGAGCUAAUCGAGAAAAACUCCGCUCCUGUAAUCGACGAUGUACCACGUGAGAAAUAUUGUGAAACGAUUAAACAGAAAGACUACUUGGGUGGAGCUAUUGAUUUAGAUGCGCUUGCAACACAUCUUAAAAUCGAUUUUCGUUUGUUAAUAGUGGAAGAUAAGAGAGUUAUAGCACUGGCAUCGUCUGGAAGUCAUUUAAACACAGAAGAAUUUGCUUAUAUACUAAAAUUACAUGGUUGUGAUCGAGUGCUUUAUCAUCCACUGGUACUAGUCAAAUCGAAUUCCGAUUGUGUAGCAAAAUUUUCAAAAUAUGAAUACAGCGUUAAGUAUCUCGAUCAGAUAUUACAGUCUACGUUUGUUGCCAAAAUUCAUUCUUCUUCAGAUGGUAUUAUACCAACCGUUACUUGUUCGAAUGAAACUUUGGAAAAACACAGCGAUGAAUUAGCGCAAAAUAAUUUACUUCAAUAUCUAAUUGUUGAUGAUACUCAAGUAAAUGGAAUUAUACACGAGCACUAUCUAUCAAGUCAUAACUCUUUGACAACGCCGUACACUGAUUUAGUUAUAAUGGAUAUGAUCUCUAAGGCCACAAGCCCAUUUAAUUACAAUUCUGCAUUCGAAGAUCGACAAACGAAUCUCGAAUUAAAAUUAACUACCCUCUUAGAGAUAGUCAAACAUGGCAAAAUCGUAAAUGAUACUGUACCGGUUGAUGAACGGCAUGUUGGUGCCCGAUAUGUGGCAGAACUUGGCCUCGACGGCACUGAUGCCACUGGUGCUUUUCAGUGCGUUCAAUCCGGUUCGCAUCAACGAAGUUAUCCUGGAACUAUUACACCGGAAAUGGAAGGACUACACAUGGAAGCCAUGUUGUGUACACAUGAUGAAAAAGAACACCCGUUUGGAAUCCUAGCGGAACAUGCUAAGAAAGACACCCACGAUGAAGUUGUAAUACAACCACAUCCCGAUGUUAACGCAAGAUUUGGUGAUCCGAAACCCGGUGAAAUUAAAAUCAAACAACUAUGUAAAAAUGGCGGAGAGGUGAUCGAAAUACCAUUUACUGGUGGAACAAUCGCUAAAACAGAUUUUGAAGUUAUAUUGAAUGAUCGCCGAUUACGCAAUAUCGAUUUCAAAAUACCAAAUAAAACUAUUACAUUUAAAUCACCUGCACAAACGGAACCAGAACAAAAAUCUCUACAUAUUGUAGUGCGAAAGGAAAACUCCUAUGAAUCAGUUAUGCAAAAAGGUGUCAUUUAUGAUGUAGCACUUGAUGUUAAUAUUCCCUAUGUGUAA